GGCUAGCCUGAGUGUCUCCAGGGGCAACAGUGAAGUCCAAGACAGGAGGAGAGAGAAGAAGACGGAGAGACAGACGGACGGAGGAAAGAUCUACAGGUGUGAUGACCCUCACCUGCUCAGACAAACUCCUGGAAAGUAUUUCAUAUCUUUGAUCCAUCCACCUGGUGAUGCGGUCCAGGACCUUAGGGGCUCAGGUGAUGGGUCUGACUCCACCCCCUACUGGUUCCGCCUCCUGCAGCAGCGAUGAAGACUCACCUGUGUCCAUGUGCGUCUCAGCAGGUGAGGCUGAGUCACAGACUGACCUGGACAGUCUGGUCAGCUUCAGCCUCGACUCGUCCUCCUUGUGUUCUGCGCCCAAAAACCCGGAGCACACCUGGACCUGCGUCACACCUGGGGGAGACCAGGUGAGCCUGCAGGAGGAGCAGAGAAGGAGCAGCCUCCUGUCUCUGACUCAGAAGGUCCAGGUGAACCGCAGGAUCCUCCAAAACCUGCUUACCAACCAGAGGACACACCUGGAUGACAGCCAAUCAGAGAGCAGAGAGUACAACAACACAGGUUCUGUUGUUGAUGAGUCUGAAAUUCUACUGAGAGGCAAAAACAACCAGAGCCUCUUUGUGUGCGCUCGGUUGCCGCGGCAGCAGCAGUGUGAGGACGGAGGUCGUAUGAAGCGUCGCUGUGUUCCUCUGAGAGGAGACCACAACCUGCUGACCCCCGACACACACACUCUGUCGGGGGUCAGGCUGCGUCCCGUCGUCCAGGUGAGGUUUGAGGACGUGGUCUCUCAACCAGGAUUCCUGAGCGACUCGUCCAGCAGCGACUUGGCUGUCGGGUCCUCGAGGCGACACCCGGCGGCAUCUCCGACUCGUCGUCUGCGAUUCGAAGAUGAGACAGAGACAGAGGCGGAGUCUCGUUACCUGGAGAGACAGCGGCAGAGGAGAUGGGUAGGGCAGCGGGGGACAGGUGUCCUGGUCUCCAAACCAGACCUAAACCUGUACAUGAACAGUCGGACAGGGGUCAGGUUUGAUGCUGACAGACAGCAGAGAGGACAACUGCCAGCAGGGGGGCCAGGGGUCGUGGGUCAGUGUGAGUCCUGUGUCAGGACCUCCUCUGUCAAUGUGAACCUCCGUCUACACCCACCUGUGCCUGAUGACAGGGGGAGGAGUCUGUACCGACCUCACCUCAACCUGCGGACUGAGCCGAUCAGAGAGACCUACAUUGGCUCUGUCACACCUGAUCAGACCAGACCCCCCCGGGGAGGGGGUGGGGCCGGGCAGGUGAGGAGGAGAACCAAUCAGGUGGAACUUAAUGGAAACCAGACCAAGCCCACCACAGACUUGCCAAUCAACCCCUAUAGCCUCAACCAGCUGACCACGCCCAUCUUCAGAUGCCCCUCCUCCUCAUCUGCUCCCGCUGUGACAUCAGCAAUGAUGUCAUCAGCAAUGAUGUCACACCGUGUCAGGCUCAGCGGCACCAAGACACAGUUGGAUCUAAACCAGGACUGGGAGGAGCAGCGGAGUCUUGCAGCAGCUAAGGCCCACAGAGAACUCCGAUCUGGGGCAGAGCUGAAGGAGAGGAGCCCCUGUGUGGAGGAGAGAGGAGAAGGAGUGGAUCCCAGGGUGAAGAACUCCUCCUCCUCCUCCUUAGACACAACAGCUGAGACCCAAGCAGUGCCCACCUCAGAGAGCAGCAGUGAUGGACAGGUCAAACAGCCAAUAAGAGCACAGCUCCACAGUGACAGCACUUCACUUCCUGAACGCUUCAGCAGCAGAGACGAGUCCUCUCGACUUUCUCUGCGUCGUCUUUUCUCCAACGUCAGACUCAGCAGGACUCGAGCCGGCAGUCUUGAUCGAUUCAGCAUUAGGCCCCGCCCCCUGGACUCUGACCCCGCCCCCUCCAGCCUGAUGAAGAAAUGUCCAUCAGCUCAGUCGCUGAGUGUGGGGUCGCCCUUCCUGCAGUUGAGGAAGCCGUCGUCAGUUCAGAGUUUUGGGUCAGAACAGAAGAAGAAAGAUCGUUCAGCAGACUACAGACCAGCUGCUGCUGACAGGUUCCUGCAGCGGAGCCUGAGCGUCGAGGACGUCAGUCGUCCAUGUUCUCUUCGUUCUGUCGGUCGAGUUCUUCAGGUCGAUGCUGAUGGAACGUUUCUGUUAGAGUUGAGUCGACCGACGAACCGAAUGUACGGAUUCAUCAUCAGCCGAGGGAGAGGACGACCUGACUCCGGUGUAUACGUGGAGGACAUGGUGGACAGCAGUACAGAGAAGUUGUACGCUGGUCUGCUCUCCAUUGGAGACGAGAUCCUGGAGGUGAACGGGGAGAAGGUGGCCUGUCUCAGUCUGGACCAGAUAAUCCACCUGCUGACCCAGAACACCUGUGCUACUGUCCGAGUCCUCCACCACCUGAGGACACCGCCGCUGUGACGUCACCUGACUGUAGCUAUAACUUACACCUGAACUCAGCUUCAAAACCUGAGACACCUGGUCUGAUCAGAACUUUAACUCCAGAACACGAAGAACCAAACAGAAAAUUGAACUGCGGACCUGAACGGGUGCAAGACCAGCGGGUGGUCCAACCACAACCUUUAACCUCCCAAAGGACCUCCCACCCCCACUCCACCUGGGACUGUAGGACUCACCUGAUCUGUUGUUUAACAGGAAAUCAGAUACUCCAUCUUCCGUUUCCAUGACUUCAGGUCUACAGGUGGAUCAGACCAGGUGAGGUGGUCUACAGGUAGAUCAGACCAUGUGAGGCAACUCUCAGAGCAGCAGGUAAAUCCUAACUGGGCAUAAGAAGAGAAACAUGUAAACUUUGUCAGGUCUGAACACUGAGACUGGUUUGUUUGUUCCUCAAACUGGUCAAAAUGAACACUUGGUUCAGUUCAAUCGACUCGUUUCAUGAAAUCAGCUGAAUUCACAUUAAAACAUUCUCAGCUUUACAUUGAUCAUGUCUAUUAAAAAUAAAACAUUCUUUGAUGCCGUCAGUUUUUGUUCAGGACUUUAACCUUUCAGUGUUUAAACCUCUGCAGUAUUUCUGUUCCUGUACAGUUUUCAUAUGUUUAUAUUUUCACACCAAUUAAAGAAACAAAGAACUGACGAUCCAUGUUUUUAUUUUCUGCGUCACUUUAUUGAAAUAAAAUUCACCUGCAGAGAGUCCAUCAGCAGCUGAUGGUGACAAAAUAAAGACAAUUUUAUCAUCAGACUAAAACUUCAUCAUUCGUCGAUCAAUAAUAAACUGAUCACUGAUCAGUCUCACACUUCUAACUACACAUCUUCAUUCAUUCAGCUGUGAUUCAGUUAUCGAUGUGCUCUGACACAUGAACAAGAUACAGUGGUUAUUCUUAAUUAUUAAUAUUCUUAAUGUUGUUAUUUUAGUGUGCCAUGUUGUUUUUAUUUCCAGAAAUAAAGUUCAGAACAGAAAAAAUGAUCUAUUUUAAUAAAAACAUUGAAUAUUAUUAAAGAUGUUGUGACAUCUGAGAGAAAAAUACUGAAUGAUGUAGUGAAGCUUGUUUCAGGACUGGAUGGAUUCAUAACAUGUUAGUGUUAAAUUCACACAGAAUAAAACAGAUUAAACUUCA